AUGGACCAGCCACGUUGUAUUCAAAGCCUCGCCGAUGAGCUGCUGAGCGAAAUCCUGGACACUUUAUUGGAACCUGCACCGCACACUUUAGAUGGGAAAUCAUAUAUCAAUGGAAAACAUAGCAAUGCGGAGCAACAUAAACCUGUGGGAUACGGAGAGACAUCCGAUCUGGAUCGAUUUCGCCUAGUCUGUAAACGGUUCAUGCGGAUCGGCACACCUCGAAAGUUUGCGCGCUUCAACCUACGAUUUUCGAAGGAUGGGUUCCGACGACUUGGGGAGCUGCUAGACAUGCAGCGGGCCUGCUACGUAAAAACGGUGACAUAUCUCGUGCGACCCUUCUAUCAGGGCAGCGGGUGGACGCCAAUUUUUCAGAAGCUCGGCACCAGUAACCCAUCACUCGCACAGGUGCAUAGUCGACGAUUGCAUGAACAAGUUACUUUAAUCGAAACAAACCAGGAUCUUAUCCAACUUCGCUUGGGGAUUGCCGCAUUUUCAGCACUCCAGGAAAUCAAGCUGCUCCGCCUCCAAGAUCAAGAUGACGAACGCCUGCUCGACUUUAUUCGCGAUCGUUCCUUCCGCAAUACCGAGAGUACGGAUCCCAGCAUAGCUCGGUUUGAGUGGGAGUCAGCAUGUUCGCGGGCAGUGACGACUCUGGGAAUCGCCCUUUUAGGCUCUCAGUGUACUGCGAUUCGUUUCAUCGGACCCCAGAUCAGUCCCGAAGCUACGCUGCAGCUCCUGAAAGCACCCUCUACCACUCUCGCCGCGAUGGGCAGUCGCCUCACCAGUCUCGAUAUCAAUUUCCAUUCCAAUACGGAUAUUACCCCAACCAUGUCUGACCUUUCCAGCGUUUUCCAUCGCUUCUUCGUCGAAGCCAAAAACCUUGUCUCCAUCCAUAUCGGCUUUCCACCCAAAACCCCACUUGACUUAGACCUGGAGGCCAUCUUUCAUGAUAUUCGGUGGAAAACGCUGCGCACCCUCAGUUUGCAAGGCUGGCGUUUGAGUGCAGACGAGAUCAUAUCCUUAGCCCGCCGACAUCGCCGCCAACUCCGUGACUUUCGCUUAUGUGCUGUCUACCUCCGCCCUAUGGGACGUUGGAAGGACGUGCUUGCAGUGCUCCGCGAAGAAAUGGAACGUUUAGAUCGUGUUGAACUGUAUGAUAUCGACUAUGCGGAUCAUUUCGAUGCAUUAUCUAUGACGAGCGGAAUUGAAGUGUUCGAUGCAGACCUUCCUGCGCCGGCACCAUCAUCGCUUUCUGUUGCAGCUAUCACAUCAUUUCCAGAAGAACCUCCAUGGGGUCCGGGACCUGCGUCUGGCAGCUCUUAUUUUUCGCCCCCGACACAUGAAAGACGAGUACCCUUGAGCCGUGCGUCAUUAGAAAAUUUGCGCUGUCUUUCAACUGACGAUCUUGAGGACAAUGGAUAUAUUGUUCAAAGAGAUCAAGUACCACUCUGGGCGGCGUGGGUUUUGUCUGCACAGCAACGACGUAUGCACACCAAUGGGCAUGGAAAUGGCCAUUGGAAUGCCUAUCAUAUUUAA